UGUAGCCCUUGCACCAGAAGCUGAAAUAAUAGAAGCUGUGUACACUGCAUUAGGGUAUUGAAGAAAAUACAUUUUGAAUUAAAUAUUUGGAAUAUAAGGAAGGAAAGGUGAUUGAAAAUGGGGUGGAAGAAAAUUCAAAUCACACGCAUAGUGGACGAAAGGAACCGACAGGUUACUUUUACAAAGAGAAAGUUUGGAUUAAUGAAGAAAGCCUAUGAACUUAGUGUGCUCUGUGAUUGUGAAAUAGCACUCAUCAUUUUCAACAGCUCUAACAAACUGUUUCAGUAUGCCAGCACUGACAUGGACAAAGUUCUUCUCAAGUAUACAGAGUAUAAUGAACCUCAUGAAAGCAGAACCAACUCGGAUAUUGUUGAGACUUUAAGAAAGAAAGGCCUGAAUGGUUGUGAGAGUCCUGAUGCUGACGAUUACUUUGAGCACAGUCCACUCUCGGAGGACAGAUUCAGCAAACUAAAUGAAGAUAGUGAUUUUAUUUUCAAACGAGGCUCUCCUGGUUUGCCACCUCAAAACUUCUCAAUGUCUGUCACAGUCCCUGUGACCAGCCCUAACGCUUUGUCCUACACUAACCCAGGGAGUUCACUUGUGUCGCCAUCUUUGGCCGCCAGCUCAACAUUAGCAGAUUCAAGCAUGCUGUCUCCACCUCAAGCCACGCUGCACAGAAAUGUAUCCCCUGGAGUCCCUCAGAGACCACCGAGUACCGGCAGUACAGGUGGGAUGUUGAGCACUUCAGACCUCACAGUGCCAAAUGCAGCCGGAAGCAGUCCAGUGGAUUACUCACUGACUAGCGCGGACCUGUCGGCCCUGCAGGGCUUCAACUUCCCGGGCAUGCUGUCUCUGGGACAGGUGUCGGCCUGGCAGCAGCACCAUUUAGGACAAGCUGCCCUCAGCUCUCUGGUUGCUGGAGGGCAGUUAUCUCAGGGUUCGAAUUUAUCCAUUAAUACCAACCAAAACACCAACAUUAAGUCAGAACCAAUUUCACCUCCCCGGGAUCGAAUGAACCCAUCAGGCUUCCAGCAGCAGCAGCCACCGCCGCAGCGGCCGCCGCCACGGGGGCCGCCCCAGCCCCCCCAGCCCUGGCAGGAAAUGGGGUGCUCCCCUGUGGACAGUCUGAGCAGCUCGAGCAGCUCCUAUGAUGGGAGUGACCGGGAGGAUCCACGGGGCGACUUCCAUUUUCCAAUCGUGCUUGGCCGACCCCCCACCACGGAGGACAGAGAAAGCCCUUCCGUCAAGCGAAUGAGGAUGGAUGCAUGGGUGACCUAAGGCUCCUGGGCUGGUAUUCGUACUUCGUGAUCCCGCAGCGAACUGCCCUACAUAUCUACAUCAGUAAAUAAGGACAUGAGUUAACUAUAUUUAUAUGUACAUACAUACAUAUAUAUCCCUUUAUAUAUAUAUAUAUGUAUGUGGGUGUGAGUGUGUGUGUGUAUGUGGGUGUGUGUUACAUACAGAAUCGGGCACUUACCUGCCUUGUAGAUCUACAGAUGUACGUCCCGUGGCAAACAAAGCACCCUGUAGGCAGAUUCUAGUCUGGCACUUCCUUGGACUACUUGUUUCAUAAGAUAACCAGUUUUUGCAGAGAAACGUGUACCCAUAUAUAAUUCUCCCACACUAGCUUGCAGAAACCUAGAGGGCCCCUACUUGUUUUAUUUAACUGUGCAAUGACUGUAGUUACUUAAGAAAAAUGCUUUGUAGAACAGAGCAGUAGAAAAGCAGGAACCAAGAAAGCAAUACUGUACAUAAAAUGUCAUUUAUAUUAAUUACCCAGCCUGGCAUGGGUCUCUGUUGCAGAGGGGUGCAUGGGAAGGGCUGUUGAUAUUUUAAAACAAAACAAAAAAGCCCCACACAUAACUGUUUUGCACGUGCAAAAAAUGUAUUAAGUCAAACAAGUGAUCUUUAGCUAAUAAAAAAGAGAGAGAGUAGAAAACACGCAUGAGAUAUUCAGAAAAUACUAGCCUAGAAAUAUAGAGCAUUAACAAAAUAAAUUAAUAU